AUGGGUGCUGAACAAGCUGACCGGACGCUGUUUGUGGGGAACUUGCAUCCCAGGGCUACAGAGGAGUUGCUGUUUGAGCUAUUUUUACAGGCUGGCCCAACAGUUAAUGUAAAAAUUCCAAAGGACAAAGAUGGCAAGCCAAAACUGUUUGCUUUUGUGAAUUUUAAACAUGAGGAAUCUGUUCCUUAUGGGAUGAAUUUAUUAAAUGGGAUCAAGCUUUUUGGUAGACCACUCAAACUUCAGUACAGAUCAGGAAGCACUCAUUUAUCUCAAGAUACAAAUUUGGCUCAAUCACCACAAGGAAAUGCUCCUGGAAACAGUCAAGCAUCUAAUGGUAACAGUUAUCCCAGACAGGAUGUUAAUGAGGAUUUCAUGAAAUACACUGACUUCUCACCUGGUGCAAGCUACCAGAGGCCCCACUCCUCUCCAGAUAAUCUGCAAAGACAAGCAAUGAUGAACAACUUUUAUAAGCAGGAGCCUAGCUGGUACAGCCCGAACAGUAACCAUCCUACUCAGCACCGAUAUGAUUCUCCCCCUGAACACAGAAACUCAAGAAACCAUGUCCCCCAUCCUUAUGAAAAUUAUAACAAUAGAGAUAUGUAUAACAGGGGGGGUCAGGAAGAAUCUCAAUAUCGAAGUCAUGGUGUGGAGGAGCAUCAUUAUCGAAGCCAUGGUCCAGAGGAGCAGCAUUAUCGAAGCCGGGGUCAGGAGAGGUCAAGUCCAUAUUCAAGAAAAGAUCCCAGAUGGGGUCCACCUCACCAUUAA